AUGGUUGGCACUGCGUUCGACGGUGAUCUUUGUGGCUUUGCUGAUGCUGCUGACGGCGGCCAGAGCUUCCUGCUCCUCCCGAUGAACGGCGAGCUCUUCGGCAUGUUGUUCGGCUCCCUAGAGGGCGGGAACGGUGGUGAUGAUCCUCUGCCUCGUGCUGGGUACCCCGUGUCAGUUGUGGCCCCUCCGGCUGGAGAGGGCAAGCCUUUGAAUGCAGCCGGCCAUGCUGGUGGUAUGUGCGACGACUUCUCCGACGACUGGAUGCCUACCACUCCUGCUGUGGCUGCUCGUGCUCCCGGUCUCCUUGGUGAACUUUGCGCUUUUGGCGCUGUGGCUUCGAAGGACCCCGCGUGCGCUCAGGCUGCCGGCAAGGGUGAUGAUGGCAAGGGCAAGGGUCAGCAUAAAGGCAAGGGCAAAGGCCACGGCCAGCCCCCUGCUUCCAAUGCUGCUGCUCCCCCCGGCCCCAAGAGUUCCCAUAAUGAUGGAUGGCAGCUUGUGCAGCGUAAGCCAACUGCAGACGAACAGUUCAUGCUCCGGCCUCAGGAUUGGAAUAGCCCUCUGAUCAUGUUUUCGGACUUUGCUGCUAAGUUCGAGGCUGCUGAUGCCAAGGUGUGCUUUGAAGCUGUUGUCCAUUGCACUGCAGCAGAGAUUGCCAUCGCUAGGCGCAUCCUGGGGGCUUCAUCUCGGGAGUACUCGACUCUGCUUGUUGCCGUUGAUCUUUCCAAGAAACAGCUCCUCGAACAUGCGCUGUCUAAGGAAGCUGGGGUUAAGCAAGCCAUUCCGGGCAAGGUUGGGGCAAUGAUUAAAUUUCGCGAGGGUUUGGCGGUCCAGUGCACAUCCAGUGGCAAAGGGGCCCCGCAGCCCAAGCACAUUGGCUCAUCCCACCGGGUUGAGGCCAAGGAGACGGGGGUGCUUUUUGUGAAAGUGCCUCAGGCUUUUGUCAGCAAAGACCAGUGGAGCGCUUUCAUCAAGAAUCCUCGCCAUGCCAUUGCAGCUUGGGCCUCUAGGCGUCAUGUGCAGCUUACUGAUUCGUGGAAGUGGUCCGAAGAGAAACUUGGCAACAACGCCACGCAGAUCUUUGGCAUCAUUCGCGCCCCCAAGGCCGAUCUGCCCACCUUGCUUGGGUGUGCUGGGGUUGAUGGGGUUUUUACCUUUCCGCCCAGCGGGCAGAAGGAGCGCGUAACGAUUGAGUGGAUCGACAGGCUGUACAAGGAAUCUGAUAAGGACUAUUUCGCCCGAGCCCAUCGUGCUCAGUCGAUUGGAUUGGCAUGCCAUGGCGUACGCCUCGGUUGGAAGAAGCCCAUCACUGAGGCCACUCGUUUUUCCAGGGUUUGGCAGCUGAACGGUUGCCCACGUCACUGGGAUAUGGUGCAAGCUGCUGGAGUCGUUGAGGCCAGCUUUUACGAGGUGAAGAUGAUCAGACAGUCCGUUCGUGGAAGUGAGAAAUCCUUCCUUUUCCGUGGUGCUGCUAAGGCUGGGGCUGACUGCGAUCUCCUGCCCAUUGCUGCCGAGGAUGGCGAUGAUGGACAGCUGAUGCUCUGGGCUUGUUUGGCUCCGGCUAGACCUGAGCAGGCGCAGGCUGCUCCUUUUACGCCGGUCACCAAGACGAUCGAUGUCACCCCGGGCGACAGCCAGGAGCCUCAGGACAUGGACACGUCCAGUGCCGGGGAUGCAAAGGGCUCAGAAACCGCUGAGGAAAAGAAAGAGGAGGGCCACACAAAGCGAGCCAAGAUCGCUUUGCGCGAGGUCCCGGCUCAAUGCUCCGUGCAUGCUGUUCCGCGUGAUGGCAACUGCCUUUACCACUCCUUCAGCGCCAUUUUGCAAUGGGCAAACAAGGAGAGCACGGCCAUUAAUCACCUUGAUUUGCGCGCUCGUGUUGCGGACCACAUCGAGCGACACGCUGCGGAUUAUGAGCCAGCUUGGACUGCUGAUGGCAAGCCUGGACCUGACGGCUCUGCUCUUCAAGAUUGGGACACUUUCGUUCAGCAGGUUGCCAUGCCGGGCAAGUACAGCGGGGAAGUUGAGUUGAAGGCUCUUUGUCGUCUUUUCCCGAUUCGGGUGGUGCUUUUCCCAGCUGAUCCUCGGUGGCAUGUCUGUGCGUAUGGUAAGGCUAAGCAGCGCAAGGUUGGAGCCAUCUAUUUCCAUGACAAGCACUUUGACUUCUUGAAGCCAGACGAGGCCAAGUACCCGAAGGAGAUCGUUUCAGUGGUUACGGACUCCAACGGUGGCUUCUUGGUUGGUGGCAUCAGUGAGGCAUGCUCUGAUUCGGCACCCUCCUCGGCUCAUCGAGGCAUUUCUCUCGCUGCCACUUCUGUGCUAGGGACCUCGAGGCCUGCCGAAACACGUUUGAGAAGCAAGACCUGUGUGCCUGCCGCGGCCAAAGGGGCUGGCAUUUCUGCAGCGUGCACGGAGUCGACCGCUGCUGAUGGUACUGCUAGGACUCCUGCUGCCAGUGUCGGUACAGUUGUGUCUGGAUAUGCUUUGGCGAGCACUGAUCGUGACAUGCCUGUUCGCGGCCCUGGUCAGAAGCGUAAGCUCUUUUGUGUCGAUGGGUAUGCCCGGUGUCGGCUGUGCCCUUGGCAGAGAGCCUGCAGUGAUGAUGCCACCGUCGUUAAGGACAUGAUUUGUCAGCUUCCAGAUGGCCAGCAUUGGUGGCGGUGCCCCUUGUGUGAGCAAGGCAUUCCCUUCGAGAUUGGGCGCGUCCGUUGGGCUAAAUGGAGGGGUCUCGACUACCAGGGGCGCGCAGAGCGUGCCACUGUCACCAGGUACAAUGCUCAGGAUGGUUUGUGCAAAACGGCCCUGGUCAGUAGGAUCCCGCUGAAGCCUGUCACCUUGUGUCGUUGUGACUGUGAGCAUCGGUGUGCUGCUGCACUGCUUGACUUGCAGGCUCAUGGCUGUAAGCAUCCUGUGCUUGUGGCCUCAGUGUAUCUCCAGAGUGGGAAGGCUGAUCAAGCUAAUGCCCAGGCAGUUGAUUGCAUCAUGGAGGCUGCCAAUGCUGGUCGGCGCACUCUGGUCCUUGGGGACUGGAAUCUCACACAGGAGGAGGGCGAAAUCGCUGCCAUGAUCCAUUCCGGCACCAUUCAUCCUUGUGAUGCUGUUGCCAAGGGCCUCGUGUUGCCCCCCACGGGCCCUGUGUACAAUGGAACUCGUAGGCGUCGGAUUGAUUAUGGUGUGACUUUGGGAGAUCUCUUCGCUUCGUCCGUUGAGCAGUGCCCUGAGUUGCUCACGACCAGCCUUUCCGAUCAUCUUGCAGUCGAGUAUGGGUUUGAUCUAGCAGCUCCUGCUGCUCUUCGUGCUCCUCCUCGGCGCUGCACUUACCUUCCGGAGAGGCCUGCACAGGACACUGAGUUCUCUUUGGAGGAUGAAAAGGCCUUCCACGAUCUUCUGGAGGCUCAAGACCUUGAUGGUGCUUGGGCUAUGGCUUCGGAUGUGGCUGAGAAUCUUUUGUUCGAGCCCGCUUCCUCUCGCAAGGUGCUUCGCCGCAGUGAGGAAUGGCAGCCUGUUGCUCCUAGGUCGAGGCCUAGCCAAGAGGCAGAACUUGAUGGUUCGCGUGGUCUUCGUGCCUUACGGCGGUUGUUGCAGAAGCUCCAGCUAUGCAACAUGCGACCUUGGGACUCGCCGCUGCAUCGCCGGACUGCGUCGGCUUGUGUUCAUGUCCGUGCUUUGCUUCCGCAGUUGCCGUACUUGCAGUGUGGAACUACCGAAGCCGUGGCGGCUGUCUCUGGACUUGUUGACACCUUGACCAAGUCUGAGCGGGAUGUUCAUCUUGAGCGAUGGCGGCAGCGCACUGCUGUGGAUGAGUCUGUGGUCCGUUCUUACGUCAAACGCAGAGCGGAUGAGUUACUGGCAUGGGAACAAGCCCCUCCUGAUGCUGCUAAGGUUGAGGAUGGGUGGCAUCCUGCCGAGGCCGUUUGUGAGCAGGCUCAGCUGUGGGCGGCCAAAUGGCAGCGUCCCUUUAACCCUGAUCUUUCGAUGAUUGAUGGUGUUUUGGCCGAGGUGCCGCGCCCUGCUGCUCAAACGCUUGUUUUUGAGGUUACAGCUGCGGCCCUCAGAGAAUCGACGCAGGUCAUGAGGUCCAAAACUGGUGGUGCUGAUGGGUGGAUGCCUCGUGACCUUUUGCUCCUCCCCAUGGCCUGGUAUCGUUGGGCUGCUGCACUGUGGGCAGCCAUACUUCGAUUAGGUCGUGUUCCAUCUUCGUGGCGCAAAGCUCGAGUGGUUCUUUUGUGGAAGCCUCAGAAACGCACCCGUCCUAUCACCCUGCUCAAUGCAGUGUGGAGGGCAGGAGCUAGAUGCUUGCAGCGCCAACUCCGACCUUGGGUCGAAAGUUGGAGGGAUCAUGGUGAUGUUGGUGGAGUUUUUGACAUGUCGGUGCAGUCUGCAUUGAUGCAGGUGCAGCAAGCCUUUCGGCGUCGUGCCUCGCAUUUUCUUCAGAUGGACGUGUCUGCGUACUUUGAUACCAUUAAUCAUAUCACGCUGCGUAGAACUCUUGAGCAUUUGCGCUUUCCCAGCGACCUCCUUGAACUGUUGUGCAGUUUCUAUACACAGUCCCAGCGGAUUUUCUCCAUGAGUGGAGUGCUCAGCGACCAAUGGACUGAUGUGACUACGGGCAUCCCUCAGGGAUGUCCCCUGAGCCCGGUGCUGUCAGCGGCCAUAGCCCACGUGUGGCGAUGCUACUGUACAGGGGGUCCGGUUCAGGGUCAAGUUUCGGGGAUUGCCUACAUCGACGAUCGUUCGCUUUGGCUCCAUGAGAAGUGUGAUAUUGAGGCUCUUCGUACUGCUGCAAGUCGAUCUGCUCAUUUUGAUCAUGCUUAUGGGUUUAGCCUUUCACUUGACAAGUGUAGCUUGACUGCACGACGACCGUGUGCUGCAUCGCAUGCCUUUGCUCGCGAGUUGCAGUUCAAGGAAACUGACUGCCUCGAGAUCCUUGGGGUCCGGGCCUGUUUUGACGAGGAUUGGACACUUCUUCGCUAUCAGGCCCGCAAGGCCAUUCUGCGAGCUCGGCUCCUUGGAUGGGUGACUCAGAACAGAAACCUCAAGACGAAACUGCUCGCAUCACUCGUGGUGCCUCCUUUCGCUUGGGCAGCUGGAUUUGCUAGGCCGUCUUCUGACGACCUGCGAGAAAUCCGUGGCGAGAUCGUGACUGUCUUUUCAAAGUCUUUUGCUGCAGGCUUUGCUGCGGUAUGCCUGUACGAAGCCUUGGGAUGGCAGCUGCAUCCAGAUUUCGCUUGUGAUCUGGGAACGCUUCGUGUGCUCUGGAAGGCCUGCGUAAUGUCACCGCGCUGGCUUGACUACGUGCCCCUCUCUGAGGCUAAGUUCUUGUGGCAACAGAUGCUCCCUGAGGCUCCUGCUCUUUUGAGUAAGUUGCGAUGGAGCAUGCAGCCUAAUGGGUCCGAGCUCAGUCGCCGUGACACCACAGGGAGACUUCGGGUUCUUAGGGUUAAGCGCAGUUACCACCGUGACGAAGCUGGCUUGGCGACGGGCCUGGACCUGCCCAAGCCUGACUUUUCCCUUGACUACCACUUCGACGGUUUGCACGAGGCGCUGACGUUGGGACUUCGUGGCACUGACUUGGCGGCGCUGGGAGCUGGCAACUCCUGUUGGUUCUACAACGCUGGAGGCGGCUACGAGGAGCACCACAGUCGUUGGCAGUGUUUGUGCGGCCUUAGUCGCCCUUCGCGAGCUCACUUACUUUGGGCGUGUGACAAGACAGCGCACCUCAGAACUGGGCUUCGGGAUCCUCAUGACAGGUGCGAGGAGCGGUUGCUCCUCAUGGGAGUGCCAGAGCAGCCACCGGCGCCGGCCGCUUUGGACCCGGGUGGCUUCUUCGAAGACCUCGUCGAGGAGAUCCGUGUGCCGCUGGAGCUCAACCCGGCCGUGCUCUUCCUGGCGACCGACGGCUCCGAGCACUUUGACGUCGGCUCCUACGCGGUGACGGUGCACCCGGGCGGCUACACGGCUGCUCUUGGCAACAACGACGAGGACCAGACCGCCUACAAGCAGGAGCUCUUGGGCUUUUGCAUGGCGGCAAAGGCUCUUGGUGCAGCGGCUUCUGCCACUGGGUGGACUGGAAGAGCUGUGUUUGUGCUCGACUGCCAGUCUGCUUUGCAAGUUGUGCUACAGGAGGGCCUGCGUUUCAACUACCUGCUCAAGCUUGUUGAACAGGUCAGACUUCCUCUUCGAGACCUUGCUAGUGCUGGCGUGCAGUUGCAGUACGUUUGGGUCCCCUCGCACGGCAAGAAACCGAGCUGGUGUGCCCCGCAGGGACUGUGCUCUGACCUGCUUCGCUACCUCAACGACUUGGUCGACAAAGCGGCUGCUGACUGUCGUCAAAGGCGGGGAGGGCAAG